AUUUUUUAUGGGGGGAACUUAUCAGAGACCGAGUAUAUUUAUAGUCUUACGUACGAAUCCAUUAAGAACAUUAUUCUUGACCGAAUUUCAAAUAUCGUGUGCUAAUGUUUCUUCCAUUUUUGACGACAGAAAAUAAAGUGAACAUUCGUGUUUAAAUCAGAGUCUAUACAUCCUCUGCAAUAAUCAUCGCUUUUUUUGCAAAAUUUAUAAUUUCUAAAUAACGAAACUUUCGCUUCUUAGGUCAUUCGAUUAAUUUUGUUCAAAAAAAAAAAAUUCACUUUAUUUUCUCCUCUCGUUACACUGAGACGAAAAUACAGAAACAAUAAGACACAAUAGAAAAAUAAAUAAGUAAAAUUAGAAUAAAAUGGUUCAAUUUGUCUAUUUUUUGAUAUUAAUUUUUGGUCUUGUAAAUUGUGAAUUAUCCGAGAUUGUUGAAACAACAAAAGGACCAGUUCAAGGAGAAAUUUUAACGACUAUUACGGAUUCUGUUAGAUAUUCAUCUUUCAAAGGAAUUCCGUAUGCAGAAGCACCACUCGGAUAUAACAGAUUUAGGCCUCCAAUUGAAAAAAAACCAUGGUCGGAACUUUUAUCAGCCACAAAAGAAGGAAGUAAUUGUGUUCAAGUUGACUUUGUUUAUAGAAACUUAACCGGCAAAGAGGAUUGUUUAUAUCUAAAUGUUUACACGCCACACAUACAAUUAAUAAAAGAGGAUGUGGAAUUAAAACCAGUUAUGGUAUGGAUUUAUGGUGGAUCCUUUCGUGCAGGAUAUGGAAACAGUUCACUCUAUGGACCAGAUUUUAUAAUUCAGGAAGGCGUCGUCCUGGUUACCUUCAAUUAUCGUUUAGGUCCAUUCGGAUUUAUGUCACUAGGACAUCCAAAUGCCACAGGAAAUGUGGGUUUAAAGGAUCAAAAUCUUGUUCUAAAAUGGGUUAAGAAUAAUAUAAUAAAAUUUGGAGGUAAUCCAGAUAAUGUAACAAUUUUUGGACAAAGCGCUGGUGGAGUUUCAGUGGAUUUUCAUUCACUAUCAGAAAUGUCCCGAGGAUUAUUCCAUCGAUCGAUAUCAAUGAGCGCUUCCGUUUUUUGUCCGUGGGCUUUUCACGUACCCGAAGAAGCUGUAAGACAAGCUUUUAAGCUCGGAAAUUCCCUUGGCAUGAAAACAUCAAAAAAAGAGGAAUUAUUAGAAUUUUUAUACCAAACUUCAGCUAAUGAUAUUAUGGAGAAAACCGAGCUUCUCAGUUCGAUUAAUCCCCCUUUUAGACCAACUUUAGAGGAUCCUAAUAUUGCUGAUAAGGAAGAAAAAUUCAUGACAGAAUGCUACCUAACAAAAUAUAAUACAGGAAAUUUCUACCAGGUGCCUCACUUAACAGGUUUCACGUCUCAGGAGACAGUCUAUUUCGCUAGUGGUAUUGAAAAAAUAAUUCAAUUAGCGAAUCGAGUUUUAUGUUCAAAAAAAUCGCUAGAAAACAUUGAUUCAUGUUUGAAUAGACAAUCAAAAAAAAUUAUUGAUAUUAAUUCUCUCAUUAUCAGCACAAUCGUCAAUGAGACGUCGGAUUUAAUGUUUGUGGCUGGAAUUGACACUAAGCAAAGACUACUGACAAAAAGCCAAUUAGUACCAAUUUAUUAUUAUCGCUUAAUUUUUGACACUGAACAAUCUUUGCAUAAAGUCUUAUAUCACGUCAACUUGAACGGAACUGCACACGGGGAUGAUUUUGCCUACCUGUUCUACAUUUCACUAGCUAAUCCAACCCUGGAUCCCAAUGAUCCUGUAUCAAUCAUAAGAAAACGAAUGGUUCGCAUGUGGACGAAUUUUGCAAAAUUUGGAAAUCCAACACCAAUAGGUGAAAAUGAUACAUUACUAAAUGUCGAGUGGUUGAAUUCGGGAAAAUCGGGUCAACAUUUAGAAAUUGGUGAAGAAUUAAAAAUGAUGGCAUAUCGUCCAAUAUCACAUGGUGCUGAAGUUUAUCAAAAAGGUCAAAAUUUUGUAGCAUUCAAACAAAGUGGAUGUAAAUUAAAUUAUUCAAUUAAGUUUAAUUAAAAAAAACGUUUUUAAUAAUAAAUAUAUUUUUAUGAAAAAAGAAGAAAAAUAAAUAAAAAUAAUUUUCAAUACCAAUCCAAUUAUAUCGUAAAGCACAAAAUUUUCAAAAAAAAAAAAUAUGGGGAAAAAAUUUUCUUUCCAUGACUAAUAUACUUUCAUAAUGUUACAGUAUAAAUUUACGUAAUUCUUAUCCUUAUCACUGACAUAAUAUAAUUACUAGUUUUCAACAUCAAGGUUGUUAACUAUAUAAACAAAAAUAUCUUUCUAUAACACGUACUCUUUUUUUUUUGAUUCCGAAAAAUUUAUGAAAUAUUAAAAAAAUACCACCACAGAGGUUUGAAUUAUAUGUAAAAGUUGAAGAAAAAUUUCAAAUUUAAUAAAAAAAAAGCUUAGCUUCCGAAUUAUGUACAAUGUUGUGAAUGAAAUAUAGAAAACACAAUUUUAUCUCAAUUCGAUAAGCAUAUUUGUCAAUAGGCUUGUAAAAUGAAGAAACUAAAGUUGAUUAUUAUUGCUUCAUUAAAAGAACAAAGAGCAAA